AUGUCCUUUGCCGUGCGCCAGACCCAUCCGCACGGCACAGGCUUCUUUGCCGUGCGCUGUGCACAGACUCGCACGGCAAAGGCUGCUUUGCCGUACACAUUUUCCUUUGCCGUGUGCCUUAUGCCACUGGCGCACGGCAAAGGGCCAGUGUCGCACGGCAAAGCUCACAGGGCGCACGGCAAAGAUUCCCGCUCGGCAAAGACGCCGAAGGGUUAUCCGGUCGCGUCGGCCCGACCUAGCCACCAGGUCGACCACACACGCGCACCACACGCUCCUCCACCCCGCGCUCCUCCACCCCGCGCCGCCGCCUCGCCCUGCCCCCGUCCCGCCGCGCCACCGCCUCGCCGCCGCGCCUCCGGGCCCCUCCCGCCGCCCCCGCCCCUCCCACCGCGCAGCACCGCCCCCGUCGACGCGCCUCCCGGCUUCUCCCGCCUCGCCCCCGCCCUCCCGCCUCGCCCCCGUUGGACGCGCCUCCCGGCCGCGCGCGCCUCGCCGCCCCGCGCCCUCUCCUCCCCGCAGCCAGCGCCACCGCAACAUCUCCCGGCCGCCACCUCGUCGCCCUGCCCCGCGCGCCAGGCUCCUCCUCCGGCUCACCGGCCGGCACCAAGGCGAUGCUUCGAGGUGGACACGGGGGUCGGCGCCGCGAGGGUCUCUGAGGGGGCGUCUCGGAUCUUCUUCGAGGUGGACACGGGGGGCGGCGUCGCCGGGGUCUUUGAGGGGGCGUCCCGGAUCUUCUUCGCCGAUUCGCUCACGCGUCAAGGGUAA